UCCAGUUUGUCCCCAGGGAGCACCAAAAUGGAAUCCGAAAGCAGUGGUCCUGCAGCUGGCGCUUCCCCUUUUGCGGCUUCCUCGCCUUCUCCAGCUCAGCAAAAAUCGGGUAUCCUGACAUAAUUUCCUUGGUAUGAUGCAGUCAUCUUUUUUCCUUGAAACCCUGUACCCACCCAGCGGCCAGGGGAUAAAAGGCAGCAGUGGCAGCAGGGACCAAGCAUCGUGCAGAGGAGAGCCCUGCAGCCACCCCAGCUCCAGCCUGCUUGCUAUCUGCUUGGUCCCUGCAGCACCAUGAAGGCCUCCGCAGCUGUCCUGGCUGCUCUCCUCCUCCUGGCCCUCUGCUCCCCAGCUGUGGCCCAUCUUGAUAGCGUGCCCACCGCCUGCUGCUUCAAGUACCACAACCGCCCUGUCCCGCGUGGCCUCCUCACCUCCGCCUACACCACCAGCAGCAGCUGCAGCCAGCCAGGGGUGAUCCUGGUCACCAAGAAGGGGAAGGAGAUGUGCGUGGACCCCCAGGCCCGCUGGGUGCAGGCACACCUGGAGCACUUCCAGAAGAAGAAAAACUGACCCUUCCCUGCUGCCGCCCCCCCCCUGGUGGGCUUAGCCCCCAGCACCAACAUGCAACGGAGUACUUGAAUGUGUCUUUCUUCAUGGGAAAAUUUAUUCUAUUUAACUUAUUUAAGUUAAAUUAAUUGAACUAAAUGUAUAUUUUUUUCUAUAAAAAGGGAAAAUACAAAAAUAAUUUAAAAUAUAUCACUAUGCCUUUCAGCAAGGAAACUGUAUUUCUGAUGUCUAAUUAAAGUGUUUAGAUUAUAAAA